AUUCAAAAUAGGGGAGGAUUUCAUGCUACAAAUGGCGGGAAUGUACAUCAAAUAUGGUGGGAGGACGAUGGAAGAAUUCAACAACAAUGUCAAGAAGGAGAUAGAUAGCUUGAGGAAGUGCUAUGACCUCAGUGAAAUAGAGAAAUGGAAUGAUGAGGAGUUGGCCUGGAUGUUCCUUUUAGAUGGCUGUGCAUUGUUGCAAUUCAUUUUCCUUGAUGUGAAGGAUAAGUGGAAGGACUUGGGUCGUAAGAAUGAUCGUGUCGCCUUUGCGAAACUUGAUAUAUUCUUACUUGAGAAACAACUGCCCUACCAACUCCUUGAGAUGUUGAUAGGCUUGUGCAACCCAAGUGAAGAAGGAGGAGCAAAUCGUAGGAUGGAAUUGAAGGAUUCCAUCACCGAAUUCCUCAACAAGAGUUUCCUGAAUCCAGUCAAGCAGCAACAACACCAUGCUCAGGAUUAUUCUCUGAUUCAUCAUCCUCAAGAGCAGCCACAAGAAAAACAACCGUCUGGUCAUCCUCCUGCCGAACAGCAACAAAUUGAAAUUGAGGUUGAUUCUGAAGAAGGAGAGCCUGCUCAUCUUCUGGCACUGUUGCGAAGAAGACUGAUAGGAGACAAAUCAAAAGAGAAGGGUGAGAAUCAAAAACAGGAUAAGAAAUCACCUUCGCAACAGCGUAAUGAAAAGGAUGGUUUGCGUCGGAGACUGAUGAAUUUGAAGUGCUCUCCUGUUGAUAGACACUGGCACACAUUUCGCCGCGUAAAGGAGCUGCAAGACUAGGGUAUUCAUUUUAACGCGAGGAAAAAUAUAGGUGUCGUCACAGA